AUGAUGAACUAUGACAUCUAUGAGGACGAGGGCCCCAUGCCAGUCGCCAUCGUUGGCAUGUCUUGCCGUCUCCCUGGCGGCGUCUCCAACCCCGGAGAGUUGUACCGCAUGCUCUGCCGCAAGCGGAGCGCCUGGUCACCGGUCCCCGAGGACCGCUUCACCGCUGGGGCUUUUGUCCACCCCAAGCCGGAGAUUCGGGGCUGUUUUAACUCUUUGGGUGGUUACUUCCUUACGGACGACAUCAACGAGUUCGACGCUGCCUUUUUCGACAUCACCAAGAAGGAAGCUGACUCGAUGGAUCCCGCUCAGCGCAUUCUCCUCGAGUGUGCUUACGAGGCCGUUGAGAACGCCGGCAUUCCCAAGGAGAAUCUCUCUGGUUCCCGCACUGGCGUCUUCGUUGGUGCCAACUACAGCGAGCAUCGCGCCGCCAAUCUGCGCGACAUCGACAAUGUUCCCAGCUUCGAUGCCACAGGCAACCAGGGUGCCUUCAUGUCCGGUCGUAUUUCGUACAUCUUCAACCUGAAAGGCCCUUCCAUGACCAUCGAUACGGCUUGCUCUUCCAGCCUACAUGCAUUGCACCUGGCUGUUCAGAGUAUCCGUGCCGGUGAGUCAGAUCAGGCUAUCGUCGGUGCUUCGGAAAUCAUCACCCAUCCCGACAUCUGGGUGUCUAUGAGCAAGCUUCGUCUUUUCAUUCGCGAGGGUCGCACCUUUGCCUUCGACCACCGUGCUACCUCUGGCUUCGCUCGCGGCGAGGGUGCUGCAUGUGUCAUUCUCAAGCCCCUCUGGGCGGCUUUGGAGGACAACGACCACAUUUUCGCUGUCAUCAAGCAUACCGGCGUCAACCACAACGGUCGCACUGUCGGUAUCGUUGCCCCCUCCACUGAGGAUCAGCAGGCUCUUCUGGACCAGGUGUUAAAGGAGGCUGGCAUUCAGCCCGACGAGGUCGGAUUCUUUGAGGCCCACGGUACUGGUACCAAGAAGGGCGACCCUAUUGAGGCUGAGGCCAUCCACCGUUCGAUCGCACACUGGCGCGAUCCUGUCGACCCCCUGUACAUCGGGUCCGUCAAGUCCAAUAUUGGUCAUCUCGAAGGUGCGAGCGGUCUUGCUUCAGUGAUAAAGGUCACUCUGAUGCUGUUCUAUGGCUUCAUUCUGCCCAAUGCCGACUUCGAGGCCCCGAACCCGGAGAUCCCCUUCAAGGAGUACAAUAUGCAGGUCGCCACCACUCAGAAGCCGUGGCCUGCGAAAAAGAAGUACGCCUUCAUCAACAACUUUGGCUUCAGCGGUUCCAACUCGACCGCCAUUCUCGAGGCCGCUCCUAUGACGCGUGGUCUUGAGAUCGCCGGCAGCGAUCGCUACAGCCCCUUGCGUCUCUUUGUCUUGUCGGCAAACGACGAAACCGCUCUCAAGAACUCUAUCACCAAGCUUGGCAUCUGGAUUGAGCAGCAUGCUGAGCUCUACCAGACAACCAUGCCGCGCAACCUGGCUUACACGCUGUGCCAGCGCCGUUCUCACAUGCCGUGGCGCGUGGCCGUCGUUGCCAGCAUGUGCAGCGAGGUUGCUAAGGCUCUCAACAGCCCAGAGGCCACGCCCAUGCGUGCGCCCACUGAGCCGCCCAAGAUUGCCUUUGUCUACACUGGACAGGGUGCUCAGUGGUGGGCGAUGGGUCGAGAGUUGCUCAAGACUCACCCUGUCUUCUACGAGUCCAUCGUUCGGGCGGAUGACGCUCUGACGAACGUCGGCUGUGAGUUCUCCAUCUUGGAGGAGCUCACACGCGACAAGAAGGACUCUAAGGUUGGUGAGGCGCACAUCAGCCAGCCCAUCUGCACUGCGGUGCAACUGGCUCUUACUAACCUCCUCGAGGCCUUUGGCAUCAUCCCUGUAGCUGUUACUGGCCACUCCAGCGGCGAGAUCUGCGCGGCCUACCGCGCCGGCAUACUAUCCUUUGAGGACGCUAUGCAGGCUGCCUACUAUCGCGGCCAGGCGGUGAUCGAGUUCAAGAAACGCUAUCCCAUGCUCAAGGGCGGCAUGAUGGCCGUCGGUGCUGGUGCUCACGAUCUUCUCUGCUUGAUCCGCGAAGUCAAUGAAAGUAGCUAUGUCGAGAAGGUUGGUGUAGCUUGCCAGAACUCACCGGAGUCGACCACGCUCUCGGGUGAUGUGGUAGCUCUCGACCAAAUAGCCAAGAUACUCGAGCGUGACGGUAUCUUCAACCGCAGACUCUUCGUCGAUGUUGCUUACCACUCUCACCACAUGAAGCUGAUUGGCGACGUCUACCUCGAAAUGAUUAGCCACAUUCCCACGCCCAAGGCAACAUGGUCGGAGACGGCCUUCUACUCGUCUCUGAAGGCUCGCAAGGUCGGUGGCCGCGAGGUCGGUCCGGAGUACUGGGUUGACAAUCUGACUCAAGCCGUGCUCUUCUCUGAUGCUCUUCAGCGGCUGUGCACCGAGGUGCAGCCUAACAUUUUGAUUGAGGUUGGCCCUCACGCCGCACUCAAGGGCCCCAUAAUGCAGAUUCUCAAGACUCUGCGCUCGUCGAGCCACGGCAUCACCUACCUACCUACGCUUGUCCGCAACGAAGACGCUACCCGCACGGUCCUUGAAUUGGCUGGUCAGCUCUACAUGCGCAAUUGGCCUCUUAACUUCGAGGAGAUCAACCACAACCGCGAAGAGGCGGAGCGCCCUGAAGUCAUCCCGACGCUCUAUACCUACCCAUGGACAAGGCAGAAGUACAGUCACGAGUCACGGAUCGAUAAAGCUCACCGCUUCAAGCCUUUCCCGCGUCACGAUCUGCUCGGUGUCUUGGCCGACUGGUCGUACGAGCUGAAUGUGUGUUGGCGCAACUUCAUCAGCACCGAGCACAUGCCGUGGUUGCGUGAGUGUCGCAUUGACGGCCGCAUCACGUACCCCGUUUCCUGCUUGGUGUCCAUGAUUAUCGAAGCUGCCACGCAGGAUGCGGAGAUGAACAACAUGCUCCCCGCUCGCUGGACAAUUGAGGACUUCGUGCUUGAAAAAGGCGUCUUCUUGGAGGACGGCGAGGAGCUCGAGGUGCUCACCCAGUUUGAGCCAUUCGACUUUGUCAAGCGUCAUGAGAAACAGCGCCAUAACACCUUUUACAUUGCGUCCUACAAUGCUUCCCGUGGUUGGACCAAGCACUGCUACGGCCGCAUCGUGGUUGACCCUUGGGGUUAUCGCGAUGAUCUUGAAUGGAACCUUCACCUGAAGGAUUGUGAGCGUACCGAGAUUCGCACCCCGCUGGGCGGCACGUUGCCUGAGCCACAGAAGGGCCACGAGUCUAUCUACGCUUGGUUGAAAGAGCUCGGCCACGAAUACCCCAAGGCCUUCCACUCCAUUAUUGACGCCGAAAUCACCCCACGCGAUGACUUCAUAGGCGGCUGCAAUGCCCAACAUACCGAUAUCAUGGGCAACUCACUCUGCACUGUGCAUCCUGCUCAGCUGGAAGCCCUCUUCCAAGCCGCAUUGGUCGCUUCGGACAACGUCGAGCCGUGCAAGGGGGUUGUUCGCCAGGUCCUUAACUUUAAACGCAUGGUCCUUCGCGCGUACCGCUGGGCUAUGCAACCUGGCGAGAAGUUCACUGUGUGCGCCAGCCCAAGGGAUUGGAGCGACUGUAACCGUGACGAUGAGCGCAUUGACGCUCGGUUCGUCUCGAAUGACGACUGGUUCUGUCCUGCCAUUUCCGUUGAUGAUAUCUUUGUGUUCGGAGAGCAGAAUCCCGUUGUUCCCAAGAAAAAGCCUGUCCGUGAGCUUUGCUUCAAGUACGUGUGGGAGCCGUACGAGGAUCGUCCUUUGGGCCGUCUGGUCUACGACACUAACGAUUACAUCACCAUCGUCGUGACGGACGAGAAGUACCGUAGCAAUGAGGAGGAAGAGCUCGCUACGGAACUCAAGCACGACCUCAUGCGUUACCUGGACCUUGAGCCGGAUGUCUGCAGCUUCAACGAGAUCCUCCUGAACAGCUACAACGGGCACUUCAUCGUGCUUUGCGACGUCACUUCGCCGGUGCUCAAGCAUCUCAACAAGGAAGACUUCGAGGAUGUCAAGAAGAUUCUGACUUCUGCCAAGUCCCUGUUGUGGGUGACUCGUGGUGCCAUUGGGUACCCAACCUUGCAGUAUGUCGAGUCUGCCAUGGCUUUGGGAUUGAUCCGCACUGCCCGGUCAGAGAUUGGCUUGCAGGCCUGCAUCUUUGACCUAUUCCCUGGCGUAAUGGACCAAAAUGGUCUUCCUUGGAACAAAUGUCACCAAGACUGGGCAGAGCUCUUGGACCCGUACAUCACCGUCUCACAGCUCCGAAAUGUGUUCCUGCGGGUGUUCGAUGAGAACUUCAACCCUGCGGAACCCAUCGACAAUGAGAUCUUCCAGGGUCCAGAAGGCGACCUCAUGGUUCAACGCAUUGUUUCGGAUGAUGCGCUCAACAAGUACGUCGCCAAGCCUGUCAUUGGCGCUGAAUCUUUUCAAAAGGGCUGCACUCACCUGAUCAUUGGUGCAGGUGGCCUGGCCAAAGAAGUUGCUCGGUUCAUUGGUAGUGCCGGCGCUGAACACAUUGUGCUGGUCUCCAGGCGCAGUCGGCCCUCGAAGGAGAUGGAUCAUUUGGUGGAGCAGUUCGUGAGAGACCGAGGUUUUUACGGCGCCCGCAUCGGCUGGGCGCAGUGCGAUGUGACCGACAUCCAGCAGGUUCGUGACCUGGUGGCGGCCCUCAGCGCGAGUGGAUGGCCCCCCGUCGGGGGCGUUAUUCACGCAGCCAUGGUUCUCAAGGAUGUCCUCAUUGAGGACAUGCAGUACGAGGACUAUAUCAGCGUCAUCCGGCCCAAGGUUCACGGUACUCAUAAUCUGUAUCAGGCGCUGUGCUGGACAAGGUGCAGCCAGAAACCACCUCAGGAUUUCUAUUGGGUGUCGCUCUCUUCGGCUGCUGGCAUCGUGGGCAGCCGUGGGCAGGCUGCAUACGCCGCGGCGAACACAUACUUGGACGCCUUUGCGGACGUCCUCCGCCAGAUCGGCCUGCCGGGCAAACACAUAAACCAUGUUGCCGCGUCUCUGGAUCUGACAGCCGUCCUUGGCGCUGGAUACCUGGAGAAGCACGAGAAUCGCAAGGACGAGAUCAUCCGCAACUUCGGCAACGAGACAAUUAGCCCCAGGGAGAUCACUGUUCUCCUCCAUGCAGCGCAAAAAGGUAAGACGGAAGCGCAGGUGUUAACCGGACUCAAGCUGCACAUGGGCAGCAAUGGACAGCUACCCUACUAUGCCAGCGACGCACGCUUCAAGUACCUGGUUGAGGCCUGUGACCAGGCGGCUGAGAACGAGGACAAGUCGUCGAAGCAGCGCGAGCCGACCGGCGCGGCAUUUCGGAAGGCCAAGUCAGACGAAGAGGCCACUACGAUUGCGGCUCAGGGCAUUGUCGACAAGCUGUCUGAGGUUUUGAGCAUGUCGGCACAGGAUCUUGAUGUGUCGCGCAACAUCACCUCAUACGGUUUGGACUCGCUGACAGCAAUCGAACUGCGCAACUGGAUCGCAAAGGAGCUGCGUGUCAACCUGCAGAUCCUGGAGCUAUUGUCGAGCGGUACCAUCACUGACCUGGCCGCGUUGAUUGUCCAGAAGUCGCGAUCUGUUUGA